GACUGAACUAAUCCAAAUGUAUGAGGGAAUUGAGGGUAUAGAAAAAAAAUGCAGAAACCCUAGAAAGGAUUGCAAGACUUUUUAGGUUCUUCAAGUAUCACAUCAUCAUCUUCCUACCUAUAAAACCAAGUCUUCCCUUCCGACAACAAUCAACAACACAAAAAGUUUUCAAUCUCUCUAUGUUUCUUUGAAGCAUCCCAGAAAAAGGAAAAGAGAGAGAGAAGGAAAAGCCAUGGGAAGAGCUCCAUGCUGCGACAAAGCCAACGUGAAGAAGGGGCCGUGGUCACCGGAGGAAGACGCCAAGCUCAAAGCCUACAUCGAGACAUAUGGAACCGGUGGGAACUGGAUCGCUCUUCCCCAGAAAAUCGGGCUGAAGAGAUGUGGGAAGAGCUGCAGACUGAGAUGGCUGAAUUACUUGAGGCCUAACAUCAAGCAUGGUGGAUUCACCGAGGAAGAAGACAACAUCAUCUGCAGCCUCUAUAUCAGUAUCGGAAGCAGAUGGUCUAUAAUUGCUGCUCAGCUGCCCGGAAGAACAGACAACGAUAUCAAGAACUACUGGAACACGAGGCUGAAGAAAAAACUGCUAGGGCGGCGCAAGCAAUCGAGCACAAACAGGAUGAGAAUCGCAGGGCAGGAAACUAAAGAUGGUAACGAAGAGGCCAGCUUGCAGAAUCUGAGCAGUUCAGCCAUGGAAAGGCUUCAACUUCACAUGCAGCUUCAAAACCCUUUCUCCUUCUACAACAAUCCUGCGCUCUGGCCUAAGAUGAUCCAAUCCCAUGAUCAUAGUCAGAUUCAAAAUCAAAACGCCCUAAUCGACUCUCAACCUCCUCCUCCUGCUGAUCAAAAUUAUAGCAAUUUGAAAGACGACCAAGUUGAGAUUGGCUGUGUCAAUGGUUUCUCGUCAUCAGAGAGCUCGUUCGCCUUGAACGGUGGUGAAGGAAGCAGUCUUGUUGAGCAAAAUGGCGGAAUUGAGAUGAAUACAUCAGGGUUUACUCAUGCUGAACUGGACGAUCUGCUCAACGACAGAUCUUCGAGUUUUCUUGCGGAAGAGAUGGAUGCGUCCAAGGGGAAUAAUCAAGCGUGGUGGCCUAAUGAGUUCGCUGCCGGUUCCGCGCUCUUCAACUCUUGGGGUUCCACGAGUUUGGUUCAUGAUGCCAAUUUUCAAGAUUAUGUGAUAGGGUAUAAUAUGCAUUAAUUAGGGUAUGUAUCAUUUGUUAUUGUUAUAUUGUCAUUACUUCAUAAACGAUAUGAUCCAGAGACAAGUGGGAAGGAGUUGAUCGCUGAUGUUGUAAAUUGGGUUAAUAAUAUUGUGUUCAUUUUGUCAUCGGAAAUUUAUGUAGUCGAAUGGACAUUUCCUAAUUAUUUCA